UCCGAUCCCCCAAAGCAAGCCCAAGCUUGUCAACACAUACCCACAAUCUCAUCAACCAUCGAAACGUUUUUAAUCUUUCAAACUUAUUAUUUGUUUCUUCGUCUGAAUUCUUAAAGAAGCAAUCGAGAUGGCCCGAAUUUCUUCAGACCCGCUUAUGGUUGGGAGAGUGAUUGGAGACGUUGUGGACAAUUGUUUGCAUGCAGUGAAAAUGACAGUGACCUAUAACUCCGACAAGCAAGUCUACAAUGGCCAUGAACUUUUGCCUUCUGUGGUUACAAACAAACCUAAGGUUGAAGUUCAUGGGGGUGACAUGAGAUCAUUCUUCACUUUGGUCAUGACUGAUCCUGAUGUUCCUGGACCUAGUGACCCUUAUCUGAGGGAGCACUUGCACUGGAUUGUUACGGAUAUCCCAGGGACAACCGACGUGACAUUUGGAAAGGAAAUAGUAGCGUACGAGAUGCCUCGGCCAAACAUAGGGAUCCACCGAUUUGUGUAUUUGCUUUUCAAGCAGAACUGUAGAGGAAGUGUGAUUUCUGUGCCGUCUUACAGAGACCAAUUCAACACUCGAAUGUUUGCACAUGCGAACGAUCUCGGCCUCCCCGUUGCAGCUGUUUUCUUCAACUGCCAGCGUGAAACCGCUGCUAGACGCCGCUGACUGACUUCCGCCGCCUCCGUUCCCGGACAAUAUAUGUUGUUCCAUGCAUUCGACAUAUUAGUUACGGGAAGCAGCUUUAUAUUAUCAUAUUUAUAUGUGUAUUGUACUGUUUGUGAUCUGAAUAAACUUGUCCUUUCUUGUUACUCAUUUUGAUCGUUGUUUUGGUCUUUUGAUUGUAGAUGUUUGAUAUAUCUUGCUACUUCCGCUAUUGAUAUAUAGUUGUA